GGUUGUGGAUUUUCAACACACCUGACCCGUGGUGAUUCUUAGAGGACACAUUUGUCAUUUUCUUAACACCAAACACCAUAUCUGUAAAUUUCAUCUUCAUCAUCAUCAUCUCUCCAGCAAGCGCUUCCACACCAAACACCUUCUCCCUUUCUCUAUCUCUAUCACUUGCAUAGACAAACCCUAUCCCCAUCAAUGGCGGCUUCUUUUACAACUCUGCCAAAUGUGGGCUCACUAUUCAGCCCCAUAAAUACCAUGUCGCGGGUAAAAUCAGGAAGCUCCACCGCGUGUAAUGCAGUCAAGUUUCCCAGCAGAAAUUUGUUGCCGUCUAAUGUUUCCUCGUCAUCAUCGAGCUUGUUCUUCUCGGGUUCGCUUCGUUUUGCUUCUCUUACAACCUCGUCUCCGAAGAAAUCCAGUGUUCUAAGCUCCGUUCGAGCUAGUGCAGAGGUUGCGGAGUUGCAGUCAAAGGUGACCAACAAAGUGUAUUUUGAUAUAGGGAUUGGGAAUCCAGUAGGGAAGCUUGUUGGGAGAAUUGUCAUUGGGUUAUUUGGUGAUGAUGUGCCACAAACAGCAGAGAACUUCCGUGCAUUAUGUACAGGAGAGAAGGGCUUUGGUUUCAAAAAUUCUGCUUUCCACCGUGUCAUCAAAGAUUUCAUGAUUCAAGGAGGGGACUUUGACAAAGGAAAUGGCACUGGAGGUAAAAGCAUAUACGGCCGCACAUUCAAAGAUGAAAACUUCAAGUUGUCACAUAUUGGACCAGGAGUUCUUAGUAUGGCAAAUGCAGGGCCCAACACCAAUGGAAGCCAAUUUUUUAUCUGCACUGUUAAGACUCCAUGGCUAGAUCAAAGGCAUGUUGUGUUUGGGCAAGUUUUGGAAGGCAUGGACAUUGUUAAAUUGAUCGAGUCACAAGAGACAGACAGAGGAGACCGUCCCACAAAGAGAGUGGUGAUCCUUGAAAGUGGCGAGCUUCCCAUGACUGAGGCAUGAUCAAUUCUAUCCAUCUAUUCUAUUCUCCUCAACAUCGAACCUGAGAGAAGUCUACCCCUCUUGAAGGGCUUUUGUCUAAAUGAGUAUGGAUCAAUCUCUGACAGUUUCUUUGCUCACUUGUAUCCAGUAGAAAGCUUCAGCAAAAAGAGUUGUUUCUCGGAUAGGAAAAUUUUUAUCGGGUGGUUGUUAAGGCAUAUAUCAUUUUCAACAUUUGAUCCAAACUUCCACAAUGGACUUCAUUGUUAUUUUA